AUAAAAUCAUGAAAAGAAUAAUACAAGAUCACAAACCCAUCGAGCAAGUGAACCCGAACCCGCCGCACACAACCCUCACCACUCACACCUUCGAUGCCCGCACCAAUUUCAUAUUGGAGAUGCAACCGUUGGAAUAACGACUGCACUAGCCAGAGACCCUGUCGGAUGGACAUGGUUAUGAUCGCUAUCGUGUACCAUGUACUUCGCCAUGUACUUCGCCAUAUACUUCCUGGAUCGACCCUGUGUAGCUCUCGACGGAGGUAUCAGUUUGUACUCCAUACGCUUGCUUGCUACUAAUUAUGACAGAGUGACAAAGCCGGCUCGCGCAGAAUGGCCGUCCACAGAGUAACUAUAGGUAUACCUCCCACUAGAUGUCAAGGGGGUAGCAUAUAUACAAGAACAUGCCGCUCUGGCUUCCUUCAAUGGCUCCCACAACCUCAAUUCCUUGAUGUCAUCAUACGAAUACAGACUCGACAACCCUAAGACCCCUCCGAGACCAGUGGAGAGAAAUCCUUCCAUUGUUCCACGUGAGUGAUCAUAUACUUUUCGGAGGGCAAUCGACAAUAAUCCGGGUGCUCAUCCGCGGGCCUGUCUUCAAGUAUAACUCUACGACUUGAAUUAGCAGAGCUAUCUCAUCCGUUUUGUUCGCCUAAUCACCAUGGCGGGCACAUAUGCCGGCAGCGUGGAGCGAGACUCGCAGACACCACUGCUUGAAAAAUCUACUCAGGCCUACAUUGAGGAAUCUGAGACGAGCGAGUUCGGGUCCAGAAGCCGCGUUGGCAAAAUUGCAUACAUUCCCAAGCUGAUAUGGAUCUUUACGGAAAGCAAUUUCGACACCUUCGUCAUACCAAACACAGCGUUUGGUGUCCUCGGCGCCUUCGCCGCCUCUAUACUUGUGGAGGGAUAUCAGAAGCCACCAACUGCCCUCGAGAUCCUCUGGCGAUUCCCCCUCGCCUUGGCUUUCAACUGGUAUAGCGUCUUCAUCUUCGAUCUCGCGAACCAACGAUCUCCUGAAUCCAUCCAAGAAGACUUGAUCAACAAGCCAUGGCGUCCAAUUCCUACGGGCAAGGUUACAGCGACUGAAGCUCGCCGUAUCCUGCUCGUAGCUAUUCCCUUGGUUCUCUUAUUCAACUACAUGCUAGGCGUCUGGAGGCAGGGAUUCAUCAUCCUUAUCCUGACGUGGAUGUACAACGAUAUACGGGGAAGUGACGAAGUGGUUCGUGACCUUAUUAUCUCCGUUGCUUAUGGCAUGUUCAACAGCGCCUCGCUAGAGAUUGCAGUCGGGGGUGGCGAAUACACAGACAUUAGCAUCAGUCGCGGCGGCUUGAUCUGGACGGCCAUGAUAAGCGCCGUUAUUCUGACGACAAUGCAAGUACAGGACCUCAAGGACCAGGCAGGGGAUAGGACGCGUGGGCGUCAGACCAUUGCACUCUGGAUAGGUGAUCGAUUCUCACGUAUUACGAUUGCCUUCUUCGUUUGCUUUUGGUCGGCUGCCUGCCUCUUGUUCUGGGACCUGAGGCCCUACGGUUAUAUCAUCCCGGCAGCGACGGGGGCCGUGACGGCAUAUCGAGUACUCUCCAAGAAGACGCCUAAGGAGGACGCCACCACCUGGCGAUGGUGGUGCCUCUGGACCAUCACACUCUAUCUCUUACCGAUCCUGAGCCUCAUAUGACAUCCGAGGCCACUCGGUACGACGGUUCGCGCCAGGUUUUGUUUUCUAUCCGACGGAGUUGUAAUCGGAGGGCGGAAGCUGCAUUUACUACACGGGGAACAGGGCGGGCAUUGAGGGGCAGGGGAGGUAGCACAAGUCACAUGCAUGCAUGGCUUUUGGCAGCGUGGCGCAGGAGGCUUUGUUUUUUGUUUUAUUUUUUUUUUUAUUUUUUUGGGGGGGUUUUUUCCAGCGCUGAUUGAUGCCUGACCUUUUGGUUUUGCGCUGAGUUGCUUACAUUGACGACAUGACUACGACCACGGCGUUUUUCGGUGUUAGAUACCACUCUCUUGAAUUGUUUGCUUAUAUAGUAUAUAUGCAUUUACCUGACGUGGGCCAACCCGCCUACGCUUAAUACUACUACUACUCACUCAUCCGAAACAUGGUAAAGAACCGCAAUGACACAAUCCCGCUGUGCAGGCCCAUGUGCGGCGCGACACUCGUGCGUGCCUUGACCGUGAGAUCAAGGUCCAGAGCUCCUCCAGUAUGC